ACCAGCGGGAUCCUGGCCAUGCUGGACGAGGAGUGCCUGCGGCCUGGCGUGGUCAAUGAGGACACCUUCCUCACCAAACUCAACCAGCUCUUGGCCACACACAAACACUACGAGAGCAAGGAGACGCAGAACGCCCGGCACGUCACCGACACCAGCCUGCCACCGCGCUGCUUCCGCAUCCACCACUACGCCGGCAAGGUGACCUACAACGUGACGGGCUUCAUCGAGAAGAACAACGACCUGCUCUUCCGCGACCUCUCGCAGGCCAUGUGGGCGGCCCGGCACGCGCUGCUGCGCUCGCUCUUCCCCGAGGGAGACCCCCAGAAAGUCUCCCUCAAGCUGCCGCCCACCGCAGGAUUCCAGUUCAAGUCGUCCGUGGCGAUGCUGAUGAGGAACCUCUACUCCAAGAACCCAAAUUACAUCAGGUGCAUCAAACCCAACGACACCAAGUCAGCGAUGGUGUUCACGCCGGAGCUGGUGCUGGCACAGGUCCGGUACCUGGGGCUGAUGGAGAACGUGCGGGUGAGGCGGGCGGGCUACGCCUUCCGCCAGCUCUACGGCCCCUUCCUGCAGCGCUACAAGAUGCUCAACCCCCGCACGUGGCCCCGCUGGGACGGUGGGGACAGGGAGGGGGUCGAGGUGCUGCUGGCAGGUCUGGCGUUCCCCGCCGAGGAGCUGGCGUUCGGCCACACCAAGGUCUUCAUCCGCUCGCCACGCACUGUGAGUCUGGGAACGGGGGAGUCCAGGGGGUCCAAACUCGUCCUGGGAGGUCCUGGGUGA